GCGGCAUCAUCAGCAGGCCAUAUAUCUCCAGUUGCGGCUGCCAUUUCCAAUCCACAUCCACACCGAUGGAAAGCUUCAGGUCCUAUGGAGAAGAAGGGGACGGCUGCUACUUUCAGAACUUGAAGCUUCAUGAAGAGGACCACUGCUUCCUGGAUUUCAGUUUCGAGUACCUACUAGAGAUCUCACUCUUCUACCCCACUCAGCAUCUCUGUGAUACUAGUACUUCUAGUACUACUACUACUACCAGUCAGAGCUGCCUCUUGCAAGACGAGUUUGAUGCCACCCUGUUCGAAGGCGACAUCCUGAGCUUUUGGCCUGCCUUGCAAGAACGAGCUCAUCUCAAGGAAGUGAAGCAGGAGCCGGACGGUGACGCCGCGGAGAAGAAGCACGACGGCUCGGGGGAAGCACUCUUCUCCUCCACCCAGCAUCUCUGCACUAACACCACUACUGCACAGAGCUGCUUCUCGCAAGACCAGCAGGAGCUUGAAGCCCGCUUGGAAGUUCAUAUCAUGAGCCUUUUGGCAGCCUUGGAAGGAGAACAUCACGGUGGGGAGAAGGUAAUGAAGGGCGAGGUAGGCCGCGACGCCGGGGAGAAGAAGCGCAAUGGACCAGAGGAGAAGCCACUGCUGUCGUUCCAGCAGGUGUCGCGGUGCUUCUGCAUGCCGAUCAAGCAGGCGGCGGAGAAGCUCAAUGUUGGGCUGACGCUCCUGAAGAGGCAGUGCCGGGAGCUCGGGAUCCCGCGGUGGCCGCACCGGAAGUUGAAGAGCCUGGAGACGCUCAUCAAGAAUGCUCAGGAGCUAGGGAAGCCUAUGAUUGAAGUGGAGAUGCUGCGGCGGAAGAAGAAGCUGAUCGAGGAGAGGCCUGGGCACAUUGAGCUGGAUGAGGUGACGAAGGUGCUGAGGCAGGCGUGCUUCAAGGAGAAGUUCAAGAGGAGAAGGCUCAUGGCAAUGGAGGGGUAAUGAGAAGCAUCAAGGGUUCAAGAUGAAUAUGCUUGUUCCAUGGGAAUUCUGUUGCUGGGUGAUUCGCGGGUUUGAUCAGGCCGGGUAUUUUGCAGUUCUGAUCAGGGGAAUUGGCUGAUCAAAUGUGUCAUCCGUAGUGUAGUCUGACCAGCUUUUUUUAUUUUGGGGGCCGGAGGAGGAAGUCUGUCUUGGUUAGCGUCUGAGCAAGACAGAAAGUAGAAGUUUUUGCUGUAAAUACUAGUACGUACUAUCACUCAUCCUCUGGCUAUCUUCUUACUGAUGGUUACAGUAGCUGUUUGUAGUUGGGACGUGCCAAAUGCAAAGUACAUCUUCGGACA